AUGCCGCCGACACCGCGAGCAAACGAUCUGCCCCACCGGAAACUAUCGAGAUCGGCGGAAAUGGUGGCGGGACGUUCUGCCGCUCCCGCACCGCAACAAAAACGCGUAAACGGGAUAAUUCCGAAAAAAUGCCGGAAGCGACCGGCGUUUCAAGUGAGUCGACACGGAGCGUUUCCCCCUGCCAACUAUUUUUGUUAUUUAUCCGCUGCCCAUAUACAGAAAGGGAAGAAGGGAGGGGAAAGCGGGAAAGAGGGGACAGUAGGGCGGGAGAAGUUAUCUAACGAUCCACGUCAUCGCGAGCGUGGCCGUUGCGUAAUUGCCGUUCGGCCGACGAAUUCAGCGUAUCUAGCCCGACUGGUGUCUGUGCGAGGUCCAAGCGCAACGCCUGCAGGAGCGGAGAGAGGCGCAGAGAGGAAGGAAGGAGCAACACGCGAUAGAGACGGGUCUCACAUGAUGGCCCAGAACGCCGCUGCCGUGUACACAUACAGACAGCCGGUGUCGUGCGCCAGACCUAAACAUGAUGGCGCGUGA